CACCACUCCCUUAACUUGAUAUCUGUUUACUUUAGAGGAGGCAGUUUUUGAGGAAGGAUCAUAAAUAUCCUGGCCCAGUGCCCCAGGAGCCAUGACAAGCAAAAGAACGUACUCGCCUGCAGAUAGCCUUUGUGAUAUUUAAAUGUGUGGGUUAAUUUUUCAUCCAUUUUUCUAACUAUUUUUCCCCUGUAUAUUUCUUUGCUUUCUAUUUCUGCUCUGAAGCUGUGGGCACAGGAGGCUCUGCAGGCAAAUCACUCCAGAGCACAUUUCAGGACAACCCUAUAAGGAAUAGUUGAAUUCACAGCAUCUGGAUUCUUGCUCCUUUUCUGAAAUGGCAGGUGUGAGUGGCUGUCUAAAAUAUUCUAUGUUUAUCUUCAACUUCUUGUUCUGGUUAUGUGGUACCGUGAUCCUGGGAAUAGCAAUAUGGAUACGAGUAAGCAAAGAUGGUAACGAGAUUCUCAGUUCUGGGAACUCUGACAUCAAUCCCUUCGUUGCUGUGAAUAUCUUGAUUGCUGUGGGUGCCAUUAUCAUGGUUUUGGGGUUCCUGGGAUGCUGUGGUGCCGUGAAAGAAAGCCGCUGCAUGCUUCUCUUGUUCUUCAUAGGCUUGCUUGUGAUCCUGCUCCUGCAGGUGGCUGCAGGUAUCCUAGGAGCUACUUCCCAACCUGAGACUAAACGCAUUCUGAAUGAAACUCUCUAUGAAAAUGUAAAGCUUUUGAGUCAAACAGGGGAUAAUGGAAAAGUAUUCCGGGAAGCCAUGACGGAAUUUCAAAAAAAGUUUGAAUGCUGUGGUUUGGUCAAUGGAGCUGCGGACUGGGGAAAUAAUUUUGAAUCAAUUUCUCAGUCAUGUGCAUGUGAACACUCAUCGAGUGCUUGUGUAACAUAUAGAGGAAAAAGUGUUUAUAAAGAGAUAUGCCUUUCUUUGAUAAAAGAAUCAGUUGAAAAACACAUUAUCAUAGUUAUUGGAAUAGCGUUUGGAUUGGCAGUUAUUGAGAUACUUGGUUUGGUGUUUUCCAUGGUCCUGUAUUGCCAGAUUGGGAACAAAUAAACCUGUGAAUGAAGCCUUCACCAGUCAAACCCCUUUAAAAUUUUGCUUUGGCUUUAUAGUUAAAUUGAGUGAUAUAUAGGUCAGAAGCAGCUUUCUUACUAAAAUGCCUCAUUUUGCUAGACAACAAAUAUCUUCUUCACAUGCUGAACAUUUAAGAUUUGAUGUAUAUAAUAAGAAUUAUAUAAGUGUAUAUUUUUACUCAAAGUUAAAAUAACCUUGUUUACAUUGGUGUUUUUGUCUUUGAUUCUAUGCUUACAAUGUUCAUCUGGAGCCACCCAGUGGACUAAUCUUCCCUUCAAAGUGCCAGGGCCUUAGAUAAGGUUGGGCAUCUGAAAUGUUCAGAAACAAGAGCCAUCAUUAGUGAUAAGAUUGAAAUAAUUGAGAGUGGUCCAGCUGAAAGGGUCACCAUCUCUUUUCUAUCGUAUGUCACUGAUUGCUACUACUAUCUCAUUUUUGUUGCCUUCCCAUUGUGGGGACAAGAUCUGGGUGCUUUUCUCCCUAUCAUCGAGUCUCUGGUACCUCUCUGGAUCUCUCUGUGAGUGAGGCAUAGUAGUUACAACUCUACUGCUUCAUUCUACUUCUGAGAAGCAUUUUACCAUUUUACUUAUUAUUGCAGUAUUAUAUGCAGUAAACAAACCUUAACUGUAUAGCUCUGUGAUUAUGUAUACACUUGUAUAAGCACAAUCUAGAUCAAAUGCAAAACAUUUCUAGCACACCAGAUUUCUUCUCCAUGCCAUCUCCCAAGGAUGUACUGCAGCUGGCCCAGGCAAACGUGCAUGUCCUCCCAAGACUAUUCAGUGACAUCACUCUGGUAGUGUGUGACAACAUGGUGGGAAUAUUUGCACCAUGGAAACUGGCAAAUACUGUAAAAUCAGAGCAAUUUGUUUCUAUAGUUUUUCUGAGAGCUGGAUGGUAAAUAUGUACCAGUAUAUUCCACUUCUCAGCAAAUAUCUCCCUAAAAGAAACCACUCUUCUAACUUCUAUGACCGCACAUUCUUCAUUUUUACUCGGUCUUAAAAUUUUUCUAAAUUGAAUAAGUAUGCAGUCUGGCUUCUUUGGCUGAGCAUUUUGUCUAGGAGAUUCACCUACAAUGUAUGUAGCUGUAGAAAUUUAUUCUCACUACUAUGUAAUAUUUCAUUGUAUAUUAAUAAAUUACAGUGUGUUUAUCCAUUCUUCCCUUGGUGGGCAUUUGGGUGUAACAUUAUCAAUAAAGCUGCCAUGAACAUUUUUUAUGUCUUUUGGU